AUGUCGAAAAAAUAUUAUGAAAAAUUAUUAUGCGAUAUCCAAAAUCAAUCCAAGCCCGUGGAGUCAAAAUUCGGGUCGUAUAUUCUUCAAAAAUUUGGAUGGGAAAAAGGUAAAGGAUUAGGGAAAAACGAGAAUGGGGAUGUUAAUAUUAUGAAAAUAAAAAAAUAUGGAGAACAUGGGCUGGGAUAUAAAGAACAAAAUGAAGAACAAAACAACAACAGUAUGUGGUGGGAAAAUAUGUACAAUACAUGUGCAGCAAAAAUAAGUACUAAUAAUAAUGACCAUAUUGAAAAACAUAAUUUUACAGAAAAUAAAAAAUUAAAAAAUAAUAAAGAAGAUAAAAAUCUUAAAUAUUCCAUUUUUGUGAAAAAAAAUAACUGUAUAAUAAGUGCAUUUUGUGAUAAUUAUUCACAAAAUUCAUCAAAGGAAAAGGAAGAUAAUCAUAAUAGCCACACAAAAAAUGAUACGAAAAAUGGCAAUAAUAACGAAAUGAAAAAUGGUAACGACUUUAAAACAAAGCACAAAGAAAUAAAUAAAGAGAAAAAUAAAAUGAAUAGUCACUUUGGUAAUAAUAUUUUUCAUUAUAAAAACAAAAUGUCCAAUAAUAAUAACUUCAUUAUGAAUAAAUCAAAAGCCAAAAAAAAUGGAAAAAAAUGUAAUAAUAUAUAA